AUGGAGUCGGGCGAUUCAACUCGAAAGAACAGGAAUACCAUUUUGUGUCAGUAUUGUCCUAGUGUCAUUCUUCGGCCAAAUUCAGCAAACUUUAUCAAUAAAGAAGAGGGAGUAUUUUUACCAUUCCUGCAACAGAAAAAGAAAGCAAACGGAGAAAAGUUUGAAAUGGAGGGAGAAAAAUUAAAUGAAUUUUGGAUGGUAUCGGACAUGUAUGAUUUUGAAAAUAUAGGUUUUUGUAACACUGUUGAUAACAUAAAAUAUCUGGCAUGUGCAGAUUGCGAAAGGGGGCCUGUUGGGUCUUACGUCGUUGACAGUAAAGAAUUUCUUGUGUCGUUGAAAAGAACAAAAACCGCACCUGAAGCUGAAAAGAAUGAGUAA